CACGGGUUUCCGGCCGAAAUUAUCGUACAUUUUUGAAUACGGAUAUACGUACAUGAAUAUCGAUCAAUAUUCAACGUACGCCGUUCUCCCUCACCGCAUUAGAAAGCUCGUUGAAUUCUCUUUUCAAACAUGUGCUUAUCAUACUUAAGCGUCCGUUGGGCGAAAAGUUACAGCUGUUCGAGUGAGUUGAACCUCUCUUAUUGCCCUACUUGUUUUUUGUACUGUGCGGGGAUUUCUGCCAUCUUUUUACCAUGUAAUGACUCGUGGGAUUAAAAAUUUCACUUGUACUAGGGCUACAUUGUGCACGUGCGAGCGAAACUAUUUUGCACGUGCCUGCAUGUGCGUGCAAGACUAUUUUGGUGGGAUUCAAAAAUUCAGCACGUGCUGGCUGUAUACUGUACGGUACUCCAGUACAAGCCAAUUUUUAAUCCCACGAGUUGUUACACGGUAAUUAGAUAGCCAAAAAUCCCCAAUAUUAUUAUCGUACAUCUGCUGGCCAAUGCUAUACGAUAUAAAACGGGAUUCCGAAUUCCCAAAAUGGGGGAAAAUAUUAUGGAGAAAAAUGCAUUUCAUUUUGCACAAAGAAGUGAGUGGUUAUGCAUGCAUUUGUGGAGAACAUUGCCAGUUGCCAAAUCUAGUACAUCUUCAUUACAGGAACAGAUAAUGUAAAUAUUCCAAUGGAGUCUUUCCAUUAUUAUAUCCACCAUGUUCAGGGAUCAAUGCAAAUUCAAAACAGACGAGUAAUGGCAAGCAAGGUUCAUCAUUUUAUGAAAACUGAGAAUCGUGUAUAUUUGCCAUUGCCAAACUUGGGGAGACGAAUAUUGGAGAUGAAGACACACUUGGAAGUAUCAAAGCUCCCCUGAGCUGUGGUCAUGACCAAGCUGAAUUGGUCCUGGAAGGGCACUGUUCCUGGUGGAAGCCAACGCUCGUGAAUGAGACACAUUGUGCUUCCACUAUCCAAUAGGACUUUAAAGGUGUUCAUUGUCGGUAGGCCUUGAAUGGUUUUGCAUACUAGGAUGACUGCUGGUAGUACAUCCUGCACAUCCGGUGGUGUUUUCAAAGCUCUUAAGGUCGUUGCUGUUGGGUUUUUAAGAGCUUCAUCAUUAUCAAGACCAUACAGCUCAAUGCUGUCCGCUGGUGAUGGAGUAAAUGGUGGUGGAGGCAAUGCAAAGAAGGCCUCUUUCGGAUGUCACCACUGUUGGUUUGGUCCUUGUCCUUGCCCUUGGAAUUGGACCGUUGAGCCCGUAUUACUGUUGGACUGUAGUGAUACGUGGCUUGGAGGGCCACUGGAGUUAGAGCCGGUAAGCUGAUAAGUCUGAGUUUGGAUUGAUUGUGGUUGGAAAUUACUCAUGUUCCCAUGUUCAUCCAUUGAGCAUAGAUACAUUCCCAGUGUGAACCUCUUACUGCUGUUGCUUGCAUUUGAAUUUCCCUGGUUUCUCUGAUUUCCUCCGUGAUUGUUGUUAUUAUUAUUGCUUUGAUUGUAACCCUUCUUAUUGAAUCAACAUUCGCCCCAAAGAUGUUGUCCAUUGUGUUUAUUACAGGGCUUUGCAUUGAUCCUACUCUGUCUCUCCUCCGGGGUCUCAUUCUGUCUGUUGUUUCUAUCAUUGUUACUGUUGUUUCCUCUUCUUCUUUGUUUACCAUGAUUCCUUCCUCAUUGUCUUGUAUUAGUAUCUGCAGUAUCAUCUGCUGGUCUUUUCCUUGAACGUUGCUGCCGUUCCUCAUCUGCUAUUCCUUUUUGGUCAGUCAUGAAUUCCACAAUCUCUUCAAUUGUCUCGUUGAGGAUGUUCCUCCCACAUUUGACGUAGUCAUUUUGCCAGGCUUUGGGGAAGGAUCUAAAAAGGAUCUUCUUGAUCUCUCUGUUUGUUAAAGGUUCUUUGGCGCCAUGUAGUCAUCGAGACUGUUUUCAAUUGGACCGGAUCGAAGCUGUUUGUAAGUCUUAAACAGGAUCGGUGUGUUGUGUUGUUUGGAGGAGUUGGUAUUCUUAUUUGUCUUCACCAUGGUCGAUGGUAUUUUUGGUUGGUUUUCUUAAGGGUUGAUUAAUUUUGAUACACGAAAAAUCACUCAGUAAUUACUGUGCACRAGAUUACGUGUACUCUUAGUAUGUUUUUAGUGUGUAAGAAAAUUUGAAUUAUAAGAUUAGAUUUAUUCGUAGAAUACCUGGCGCGUUCACAAGAAUUCUGAAGUUCCGAUUAGAAUCUACAUGGAGGUUCUUCCAUUCCAGACUCGUGACAUCUCUGUUCUUUGUGAGGUAUUCUCGAAUAGUAUCUUAGACCUCUCAUGAUCCUCAACAUGAUGGAUUGUAUGAUGUAUAUAUAUUAAUAGUACAUUAUGAUAUGUAGGUAGGAAUGGUAUAUCCAAUCAUUCCGGGGGAGCAUUGUAUGUACAUAUGCUUCCUUUUCAGUAUGUGCGUACUUCCUUUUAGUACGUACGUAUACUUCUGAUACUGUAUGUACGUAUACUUCCGAUACUGUACGUACACAUCCGUUGCAUCCCUUUUCCCUAGUACUAGUGCCUACCACAAAAAAGGUAUCAGAUGAUCUUGACACGGUAGAUUCAAAUAAGACUUCUUUAAACAAUACAGUUUUUUUGGCAAUGGAAAUAUGCUGGUCUAAAUUCCAAAUAAAGAGAUCCCACUUUGGUGCUUCAAGGAAGCAAUGACUGUAUGCAUCAAGAUGCAUGCUGGUGGUAUCUGCAGCAACUGGAGAAAAAUGACAAAUAUGAUUAAUGAAAAAGGGGGAAGCCGCAACUGGCAGCAACCUUGAUUCAGUCUCAUUGUUAUAAGGUUCUUAUGCUUGAAUUUGAUUUCAGUAAAUUCUCCAAAAGCAAGACAUGGAACAACUUCAGAAAGUGGUCAAACCUGAACAUGACAAAAGAGCUCCAAACAUUACGGAACUAUGUGAAAAAUUAUCCAGAGAGGAGUUAAAGUUGUCCAAGGAAGAGUGGGGGCUGAGUACAUGUAGUUUUAUUUUCACUACUUCCAGAAGUAAUUUGGAUGCCAAGAAGCAAAUUCAGUUUGGAAUGAUUCUGACAUCUGGAGUAGAGUCUACAAAGGUGUUUCAGCCAGAGCAAAGAAAGAAGAAGGUUGGAAUAACUGAAGCACUGAAACUGUUGAGUAGUACAGUGUUUUGGUUGUGGGCUUCUUGACACAGGGAAGUGAAUUGACAAGAAGCAAAAUUGGAAAAAAGGAUAUCAGGAUAGGCGUGAUAUUCUUUUUUUUACACAAAUGGUUCUUUCCCAGGCAACCAAUACAUGAUAUCAUUGACAUGAUGAUGAAAAUACUACUGUUUUCCCAAAAACUAUAUUUUGAAAGAAGAUAUCAUUCAGAUAAACAGAUGAAAAAACAACGCAAGCAAGAUAUAUCCAGGGAUGACUAUGUUGUCUAUAUGGGAAAUUGAGUUCAGCAGUUCCUGAAGAUUACAGACAGCGACUUCUUGUGCUUCUUGUCAUAGGACUUCCUUUACAGUGUUAAGUUCCUCACAAGUCACAGAGAGAUUCUUGGUUGUUGUGACAAUUUGGAGCUGGGUAAUAAUGAUGCUGAUGUCGUGGGUAGCCCAUUUUUUCCUUGGUGGUGGUGGUCUGGUGAAAAAGACUCUAGUAGUUAAUUGGUAAAGCAAUCUGUCGAUGCUCUAGGAUGAGAGGGGUGUACUAAAUCAGACUACUUGGGUAUCAAUGGUCCUUUGUGGAGUAGGAGAGGCUGAUGAGCAGUGGAGUUAGGUCUGUUGUUGCUCAUCACCUGCCUUGUUAGCACCGUACCUUGCGACAUCAUCAUGUGGUGGUGGUGCAAUCAUAAGGUUUGUAGAUGUACUGAAAUAAGCAAAAAAUAAUUACUAUAGCUAGUGAUCAAGAAGUAAUGCAACAAAGUACAAGUAGUAAGCUUUUGUGAGAUGAUGAAACUUCCUCUCACUUCUGAAGUAAUUUAGUUCUUACUUAAUAGUAUUGUCGGCGAAUGGCGAUACUGAAUUCAUAAGAUCUACAACGUACCGUAGUACUAGUAGGGCCAGCUCUUCUGCUAAAUUCUUAACGUGAUUCUAAAUUUAGUAAAGGCGUUUUUUGCUAGAUUCUUAAUGUGAUUCGUACCAACGAAAAGUUUUUAGAGUCUUUCAUGAGAGAAUGAGAAAAAAAGACGAUGUCGAACAGGAAAGGAAGAGAUAGGCGGCAAUUUCGGUAGAAUAGUAUGUAGAAGUAUUUUCAGUUUUCAAAGUCGUUAAUCCAGAUUCAAAAGUCAUUAUCAUUUAUAUCAAUUCGUCGGUGCGAGAUUUUUGGUGUGUUGUUGUAUUACAGUUUGUUGUUAGAUUUAAAACAGCAGUGCUAUAAAUAUCAAUUCGAUUCUGUUAAGUGUGAUUGGGGAAACUUAAAGGGCAAUUGCGCACGAUUCUAGGAUUUUUCCUACGGUCCUGUUGAUCCCAGAUUUUUCGUCAGAGAUCUCUAUUAUCGGCACUCCAAUUGUUUUAUGGCGAACUGUGGUAUUUCCCGUUUUAAGACGGUUUGAGACGUUUUACGACUAGCACGUACAAUUAGUACUGAGAUAUACGAUAAUGGACUUAAUGGGAAGAUCGGAGUGGUUCGUAAAAACCAUGAUUUCGUCGAGAUCGAACAGAGAUUUUAGGUAGCACACGAUUCGAAUCACGAAUGGAUAACAGUUCAACAAACUGCUUGCCCUCGCAGUGUCUUCAUUUCCUUCCCACAUUUCAAUAAAUUCAAAAGAAAGAUCCACCCAUUGGACGAUCAUCCAUCCAACAUAUUCUUGUUGCAUUCGGAUUGUGCUUUUUCAGCUCCUUAUAGUCAUUACAGCAGAGCUUCAUAAUUCGAGAAGACGGUGAAAUAUGAAGUUGCAAGCAGUCUUUUUCAUAUCGCUGCUGUACAGAGCAAAUGCCAAUGAUUCGGUAAGGAGUUGUAGUCAGAUUAAGCAAUGCCAUGGUUAUGACAUCAGUUUUGAUUACUAAUUUAUCCAUUGCUUGGCGUUUUUGUGUCCGGAAGUCUGCGUCUCUGCGAGGUUCGGCAGGCAUUCAGCGGAGAGCUUUGCGUGUACAACACCCGUGCACUUUGGUUCAAAUAGAGUCGGAAUACGCAGAUGAACUAGGCGAGGCAGAACUGAAGUAUGGAUCGAGAGAGCGAAUGUACAAUGGAUCGGGACAUAGCAAUCGAAGAGAGCUCCAUGACGAAGAUUACGAAGUAAAAUGCGAGCUACAAGCAGAGGAUAGAGCGGCAGUUGGUACAUAUUUUGUCCCAAUCAAUGGCAUUGAAAGAGGCCAACUCGACAACAUUAUCAGUGGGGAUACUACUCUUAUCGCGGAGGGAGCAAUGAUCAUGGAUGGUGAAAUGUGGUUGCCAGCGGGCGCCGCGAUCGAAUUCGGAAGCAACGGAAGAAGGAAACUUCAGCAGGCUUCGCGCACCAAAGGAACCAAAAAAGUGCUUGUAGUAAGAGCGAAUGCACAAGACACUGUCACAUCUUCGUCAAAAGAAAUUCUAUCCGACAAAAUCUUUGGGACGGGAAAUGACUUGGCAAAUUUAAGUUCUCAAUAUUCCGCAUGUUCGCAUGGACAACUCGAAUUCGAACCCUUUCGGGGUAUGACAGAAGGAGGAUUUUAUGUUGACAACGGUGUCAUCGAUGUGAACAUUAAUAUGAACGCAAUCGAUACCAGCCGAUUUGUUGUAGAAGAUGCACUGGAAGAGGCGGCCGACAAAAUCGUGGGAAGUCUCAGUGAUCAGUUCGACCACGUCAUGCUGUGUCUGCCCCCAGGUUCGCGUGUAGGAUCGACCAACAAAAACUGGUAAGAAUUCAACACUGUAACUCUGUAUGAAAAUGGAUGAAACUACCCAAUUUUUCAGCUAAUGAUUAUUCUCUUUUGCAUCCAAACUACUUCUAGGGUUGCUUAUGCAUACGUCAAUUCUUGGCUGUCUGUAUUUAACGAUAGCUUUUGCGAAUCACUGACCACGCAAGUACACGGUAAGUUAUGAAUCGAGUUGUCAUACAGUGCCAUGCACAAAUUUCUUUCACAUUAUUUCUCAUCCUACUCUUAUCGUGUUCCAAUAAAACUUUUUAAUCGUUCCAGAAAUUGGCCAUAAUCUUGGACUGGCACACUCUGGUAAAGAUGGUGUUUCGUAUGGGGACAAGUCGGGCAUGAUGGGCUUCAGUUACAAACUUGAUGACGGACCAUUGCAGUGCUUCAACCCAGCAAAGAGUUAUCAGCUGGGAUGGUAUGACGAGAAGGUGGUGGAAAUUGAUCCCAAUGACGGAACAUGGGUGGGCUCGCUUAUUGGAGUGGCUGAUUAUGAGAACGCUAGUGUUUCCCAAAACUCAAAAGUUGUUGUUAAAAUCCUGAGUCCUGACAACAAAAAUCUAUUCGUCGGAUACAAUAGAAAAAAGGAUAUGAACUCUGGAGUCCUCAUGGCAGCUAACAGAAUUACUGUGGUGGAGCAAGCCCCAAAUUACAGUGCUUCUGAUUUCUUAGCCAAUAUUUCCAUUGACGAGCCCACCCAUACGUUCUUCAAUUUUGGUGGGUCAAACAAGAACCUUGUUGUUGAAUUUGUGAAACGUCAAUCGUUUUUCAACGAGGUGACCGUAGCUAUAUACUAUGACACCUGUGUCUUCCCGUCGUGCUGCAAUGGCUCAACGUGUAACGAUCCAAAUUUUUGGACACCUACCGAUGCUCCCAUCCCCGCCCCAACCUUGGCUCCACAACCGGCGCCUACAGCCGCACCUGUCCCCGCGCCAACUUUCGCGCCACAACCAGUGCCCACACCCGUUGUGUCGCCUACCCGAUUACCAACAACCCCUACCCCAGUUCCAACAAGAGGACGACUCAAUGUUCUCACAGGUGGUCAAAUCAACAGACCGAAGCCACUGCUAACGGAAAUUUUUAAGGAUGGGCUCGGGGCAUUCCAUGGUGGUGGUAACAAAGUCGAGCAAAACGAGUUUCAAUACAUCCUUACGGCAAAAUUUCAAAUGAAAGAUGAAAAUAAGCUCCCUUACAUCGAGACGGAUUUAGACCUCGAUGGAAGCAAUGUCGUGCAGGUGAACUUCUGGUAUAUCAUCGAGAAGAUGGACUUCACAGACGGUUUUAAGCUGCAAUAUUCGACAAGCCACGGAGAUUCAUGGACAGACUUUAAAGAAUACAGGUACGGGAUCAAUAUUGACGAGAAACAAAGGUGGAACUUCGUAAAUGCAGCAAGUUUCGAAGUAGAAAAGGGCACAAGUACGACGAAAGUUCGAAUCGUAGGGGAUACAACAAGUAAGAACGGCAGCAACGCCGUUUUCUAUGUUGCUGGUGUCAGUAUUUAUGGCAUCGAGAAAUGAGCGUAGUACACCUCUUCCUAGAAUAAAUGACACAAGGGGAACGUCAACAAAAACACUGGCUACGAUAUAAAACUGCGAUAGGAACGUCGCGAAACAACUCUUCUUCCCAGAGAAAAAGUGUACAAGUAAGACUGCACAUGCGGUAUCAUAAUACUGCCAUGUGCUCUAUAGAAUGUAAUGAUAGAAUAAACUUGAAAUUGAUUU